AUGUUCGAGAAAAAGUUCAACAUUGAAGUACAAACUUUACAGCCUUUACGUGAGUUUCUUGCACAACUGAAAGAAGAAGGUAGUCAGCCACAACUUAUAGACUUUCAUUAUGAAUUUAAUGAAAAUGAAGAUGGAACUCAUGACUGUCAGUUUGUUAUAUAUUCACCAUUCAAUGAAGUAGCUAAAGAGAAAGAAAAUCCAUUACGUAUAAGGUUUCAAAUCUCUGAACCCAAUGAAGACUUCAAGAAUGUUUUCAAUUAUGAUGCAAUGCUUCCGAGGAAAAAUGAAUUUUCAAAGAUUGUAACACCUGGCAUUUGGGAUAGAAAGCAAGCAUUAUAUUCAAACUUAAGUAAGGGAGUUGAAAAUGAGUUCAUUGGUCAUACAAGAACUUCACCACUUCCUAACCCUAAAUACUAUAAAUUAACUGGCUUCAAUCGUGAGUUUUGGAUAGACAUGUUCUCCACUCAUGACCAUAACUGCCCAGUGUUCUUACCUCCAGACCAUAAGGACUGUCUCUACAUUGAAGCACAACUCUUAAACUCUACCAUCGCAGUAUUGUAA